AUGCCGCGUCCAAAGAAGAACUUAGUGGAAGCAGCUAGUGCAAAAGGUACACAUGCUGAUUUAAUCACUAGAACUUCAACAGUGGAUUCUGCGGAAGCUGAUGCAACUGGUGAUGAGCAUCCGAAGAUAGCGGUAACUGAAGGCAGCGGUGACUCCAGUGAUGUCGUCUCAGCAGCAUCAGCACAGAAGCCGAGAGGCAGAGGCCGCCCAAAGCAGGUGAAACCCGUUGCUGGAGACACUACUGAAGAGCAGUAUGAACCAACUAAAGAGGAGAAAAGGGGUAGAGGAAGAGGCAAGAUCCCUUCACAGGCCGAAGACGUUUCCGACGAGACCAAUCCUCGUGGACGAGCCAAGAAGACUGAAAACGAAGGAGAUAACAUCGUCGAUAGUGAAGAAACCGGCAAGAACGUUGCAACUCCGAAGUCUGCUAAGAGAGGUCGUCCAAAAAAGACUACACAAAUCGAAGAUACCAAUAGCGAAGAUAGAAAUCCUUCCACGGAAGAGGUUCCGAAUGUCGGAACAAGCAAAAAAGGAAGGGCGCGCAAGAUCACUACUUCAUCAGAGGUUGACGCGAGACCAGCUACCCCAACCGACGCAGCUGAUGCUGUUGCUGAUGGGAAAAAGGGACGUGGCCGCACUAAGAAAGACGUUACCUCGACUUCAAAGCAAAAUGACACUGAGGAGAAGAAGCAUGGUGAUGAACCAAAGAAAAGAGGUCGUCCAAAGAAAGUUGUGGAGAAAACAUCAGGCGGUAGCGAUAAUGAAGGUUCGUUUAAUCGGGAAAUAGGUAUUUGUUGGGUGUAUUAUAUUAGAGAUAAAACCACAUUUGAAAAGUAUGUUCAACCUUGUAUUAUCUUUUCAGCUGCACCGUCGACUUCACGCAACGAGAGAAAACGAAAGGACGAAGCCUCACAAUCACAAGUUGCUAAAAAGUCUUCAAAGCAAACUUAG